AUGUAUGAUAAAAACGUAUAUGGAAAAGAGGAAAACUUAAUAAAAAAACACGCCCGAACUUAGACUGGGCUUUCUCCCGCCGUCGAUGGCAACCUCGGCGGCGCUACGUUCCCUUAUCCGCCGUUCACGUCCUUCAUCACUCCUCUAUCUUCCCCGUGCCCUAACUUCUCAUUCCCCUCCCCCACUUCCCUCUCCUUUCACACGUCACUCUCCAUCCUCCACCAUUCUCGACGCGUUCCGCACGCGCGCUUUCUCCAGCAGCUCUUCCAAUGAUGGCGAUUUCGAUACCGACUCGUUCAGUCUCGAUUCUCCGGAUAAUUCCGAGAUUCUGAAAGCAGUCGCUGACAGCGCCAGUGCCGGCGAAGAUAUCCCUGCUUUCCCCGUUCGUGUGGUGAUUUCAAUGCUCGAUUCAUUCCACGAUCUUACUGGAUUUCCAUGGUGGUUAACUAUAGUUUCGUCUACUUUGGCUCUCAGAAUUGUUCUUCUUUUUCCUCUUGUUUUUACUCUUCACAAGCUUAAAAGGAUUUCAGAGUUUGCACCUAAAUUGCCCCCUCCAUUCCCACCACCUUUCUCAGGAAAGAGUUAUUUUCGUCAGAUUUCAUUCUUCGAGGAGAAGAGAAAAGCAGUUGGAUGCCCUUCAUAUGCAUGGCCGCUGGUACCAUUUAUGGUUCAGGUUCCCUGCUUUUUCAUGUGGAUGUUUAGCAUACGGAGGAUGUCACUAAAUGGCCACCCUGGUUUUGAUUGUGGUGGUGCUUUAUGGUUCCAGAAUUUAACAGAUUUCUCUCACGGUUAUUCAGGGUUCACCUUUCCUUUUCUGAUGGCCGGUUUGCACUACACUAUUGUUCAGGUAACCUUUAAGAAACCUUUGAUUGAAGGAACGCAGGACCUUUUUGACUUAUUAUCCGUGUACUACAAGCGAUACUUGGACUUUCUAACGCUGCCUAUAGUUUUCAUCGGCUUUUGUAUUCCCCAGGGAAGCCAAAUUUAUUGGAUUACAAAUAGUACAUUAACGCUCGUUCAGCACUUUGCCCUUAGAAAUCCUGCUACCCUUGCAAAGUUGGGGUUACUUGACAAAAAUCAUCAAAGAGCAGCUUCUGAGGAAAUCAGUGCUUCUAAAACACCCCAUUUACUUGGAAUACAAGACAAUAGUACAACAGUAGCUACCAAGGCAACUGUUUCUCCUGAAAAGAACCCUCUGGAUUCACCUGAAAAGUGGCAUAAAUUACCUACAGAGAACAUGUCCUCUGUAGAACUGACCACUCUUGCAGUCCCAUUUCUAAACAGUAAUGAUAAAGAAAGUGCAAUACCUUUACUAAAACUAGCACUGGAUAAGGAGCCUGAAUACUUGCGAGCUUUGGUUUUGAUGGGACGGGUUCUAUUGCUGAAGCAAAUAAAUGAUGAAGCUAUUGAAUACUUUGAGCGCGCAAUAUCAAAGCUUUUACUUGCUGGCCACCCAACUGAUCCAGAAGAGGUUGAUUUUUUGAUUCUUUCAUCCCAAUGGGCUGGAAUUGCCUAUGCACGACAGGGAAAGAAUGACGAAGCACGUGCUUACUUUGAAAGAGUUGCAAAUAUGGAGGAGCCCGAAGAUCCUACUAGCAAAGGCUAUUAUUUUGAUGGCUUGUUGCUACUUGCUAGCACUUUAUAUGAUGGUGGUCAAAAGGCUGAAGCUGCAAAGUAUCUGCGUCUUGUUGUUGCUUAUAAUCCUGGUUAUAAGAAAUUCUUGGAACAAUGUGAGCAAGAUGAAGAUUUGACUAGUGAUCUUUCCCGUAGUAGGAGAGAACUCUGAUUUUAGAUAUUUCAACGAUGUUCAUAUAUUUGUUGUAUUCUAUAUCUAAACAUAGUUUUCUCAUUUAUUUCAUGUUUGUUUUACAAUAUUUAAUUUAUAUUUUGACGAAUAAUGAGCUUAGAUGUCAGCUACAUUACGCAAUUAUUUGUUUAAAUAUUGAAGUGAUGGCAUCAUUUGUAUUUGAUUCUCCCCCAAUUAAAAAUAACUAACGUCUUUUCUGGGAAA